AUGGCCGAGGAAGGUCAUGGCAAGAAGUGCGAUGAUCCCGGAGGAUAUAACUGUAGAAGAAAUGAAUACAUUCCCUCCCCUACGGUUAUCCACCUCUGCAUCGAAUACAUAAUGCCUCGAUACAUAACGCAUACCAAUGUAUUCGCUCUCCGAUUGUCCUCCAGGGAAUUGCCUCCUUUCCGGCCAAUAUUUGGGUCAGCCUACGAGGACUAUCUGUCCAAGACCCUCGCAGAGAGAACUGGCAUUCCUUUGAGGGGUCUCGAACCCCGGGCACGGCAGGCAGGCGGCACUAACAUGCGAGCACUGCAGCUAACAGACAACAAACAACAACACAACAACAACAACAACACAACAAACAGAGAAGACAAAGGAGCGAACAGCACGGCUCGGCGGCUGCUGGCGGACUGA